AUGUCACCCAUUGACUCUGUAGCGAUCCCUUCCAACGAAGUCCUACUUCGCGCUCAAUCACAAUGGCUAUUCACAUCAGCAGAGCUUCUCCGUACUCCCAGUAUCCUCGAUGGCCUUUCACCAGCCCAAGAACACUCCAACCGAUCAAAAGGGGUCAAUUUCAUCACGCAAGUGGGCAUCCUGCUGAAGCUACCCCAAAUCACCCUUGCGACAGCUUCGGUGUAUCUACAUCGCUUCUAUGUCCGUCAUUCGAUGGUUGAUCUACCCUCACGACCAGGCCUCCAUCACUACGCUAUCGCCGCUACUUCCCUCUUUCUUGCUACAAAGGUCGAAGAGAAUUGUCGGAAGAUGAAAGAGCUGGUGGUUGCUUGCUGUCGAGUGGCUCAGAAGCAACCAAAUCUGGUAGUGGAUGAGCAGAACAAAGAGUACUGGCGAUGGCGAGAUACCAUCCUAGUCAACGAAGACCUCCUUCUAGAAUCCUUAUGCUUUGAUCUCCAGCUCGAACACCCUCACCGGCUUCUCUUCGACAUCUUGUGCUACUACAAUGUUCAGGAUAACAAGCAUCUUCGCAACGCAGCCUGGGCUUUCGUCAAUGAUUCAAAUCUUACCACGCUCUGUUUGCUAUUUCCGGCAAGGACGAUUGCCGCCGCAGCUCUAUACGCCGCAGCCAAGCACACCGAUGUAGCUUUUCCUGAUGAUGAAUGGGGCCGACCAUGGUGGGAGCAAUUAAGUCUUGAUAUUGUGGAGUUGAGGAAAGCGUGCUCAGUUUUGGCAGAAGCGUAUGAAGAGAAUCCGCUCCCGAGGCAGGGAGAAAAAGGGUUAUAUGCUAGAGAAGAAGACGACAUCGAUGAAAAUGGUGCCAAGACAAGGUCAUCCCCUCUUACUACCACCACCACCACCACCAAUGGCAAUGUUCAGUCAAGGGCCCUGGAGGAGGAGAGACCUGUGAGUAUGAGCGAAGGUAGUGAGGAGGGGGAAGUGUGA